CAUUCUCCAAUGUGAAUUCGCCCUAACAGUCGAGCACCGAUAUUUCGGAAUUUUUGAUCCCCGCCGAAUCAAUCUUCGCGGAUUACGAAAGUUUUUCCUUUCCGACUCCGAUAUCCAAUUGCGCGUGUAUACAGUUCGUUCGGACGAAAUAUCGCAGGUGAUUAAUUGACGUGAGACGUAAUGGCUUUCAUCCGUGCCCCCUCGCAUCUGUAAUCGUCUACUACUCGGCCGUAACGAUGUUCAUGACGUGUGAUCACAUUACACAUUACAGUGGAGAGUGUUGAAUUCUCGACUGCCUUCGUGACUUAUUUACCAUUUUUGCCUUGUCACCUUGUGACCGAAUAACAUAAACUGUACCAUUUGAUUCACGACGACGGACGAGAUGGAUAGCAAUAAGGACGAAGCCGAGCGAUGCACGGAGCUCGCGGAACGGUUUAUGCGAGAGAGAAAAUACGAGGAGGCCGAGAAGUUUGUUCGCAAAGCCCAAAAGCUAUAUCCGACGAAGAAGGCUGAGGAACUGUUGGCAGAAGUGACGAUACUUUCAAAGCAAAACCAAAAACCUGAAUCUGCAGAGCCUACUGUUAGAAAACGUCAAAAUGUAACUAAAGAUGGAACACAUUCCCAUACUAAUUCUGAAUAUACAAAAGAACAAUUGGAUCAUGUGAAAAGGAUAAAGAAAUGUAAAGAUUAUUAUGAGAUCUUAGGAGUCAGCAAAGAUGCUACAGACAGUGAUAUUAAAAAAGCUUAUAAGAAAUUAGCUCUUCAAUUACAUCCUGACAAAAAUAAAGCACCAGGUGCGGCUGAAGCUUUUAAAGCUAUUGGGAAUGCAGUCGCUAUUCUUAUUGAUACGGAAAAGCGAAAACAAUAUGACUUAUAUGGUCCUGAAGAAGAACGAUUGCAGAACGCGCAACAUCGCCAAGGUCAUACACACUAUAACUACACUCGCGGAUUUGAAGCUGAUAUCACAGCUGAGGAGUUAUUUAACAUGUUUUUCGGCGUUGGUUUUCCGCAACAAGAAUUUUAUAUGCGUCGACCAGGUGGGAGAUGGAUGAGACAACAAGACGCGCAAGCGCAACAUACUCAUUCUCAGCAAGCGAAUGGAUAUACCACAUUUCUUCAAAUGUUACCAGUUUUAUUACUAAUAUUGUUAACUAUGAUGAGUAGUUUCUUCAUCUCUGAUCCAAUAUAUAGUCUACAUUCAAAUUCAAAAUAUUCUGUAGCCAGAACCACUCAAGGUUCACAUAUUCCAUAUUAUGUUAAGGAGAACUUUCACAGUGAAUAUCAAGGCAGUUUACGUAGGCUAGAAAUAUCAAUUGAAGAAGAAUAUUUCAAUAACUUACGACAAGCCUGCGCCAGAGAGAAGAAUUACAGAGAAGCUAUGAUGUGGAAAUCUCGUAAUUUCGGAGAUCAUGAUUUAUACUUAAAAGCUAAAAAUUUCGAAACGCCUUCAUGUAAGAAAAUACAAGAACUGCAAGAUAGACUCUGAUAGGCGAAAAAUAUUAAUUAAAUAGAAGUCUAUUGUAGAUAGAUGUAUAUUAUAUUUAUACAUAUAUAAUUGUUUUUGGGUGUGAUGCAAUGAAAAUUUGACAUAUAAAAUGCAAUAUCAUAUUUCUAUACAUCCAGAGAAUAAAUCAUGUAUUUCAAAGUUCACACAAAAAACACAUAUUUGGAUUACUUUUUAGCUGUUUAUUCUUUGCAUAAAUUAUAAACUGCAUAAUGAAUGACUGAUUGCAAAGUGUACGAAGUUUUAUUCUUUAGUUGGACUUGCACAUGUAAAAGGAAAUUUCUUUUGUAACUCCUUCUAUAAUCUGUUUAAACAAAUAUGAGAGUGUGUGUGUGUGUGUGCACGUGUGUGUAUAUGAUAUGUGUAUAUAUACACAGGAUGUCAGGUAAAGAUUAUCACACACACACACACACACAUAUAUAUAUAUAUAUAUAUAUAUAUACAUAAUAUGUAAAUCUGUUUUAAAAAUUAUAAACAUAUACAGAGAAAAUAAUAUAAUGCUUCUUCAACUUUCCAUACGAACUGAUGAUGCAGUGACACAUCCUUAGGAAAUGUAAUAGUUAUUCUGAAUACUCAAUUAUUUAUAAUAAGGGAAACGAAAACCUAGUACUAUUGCUAGUACAAUCACAUAGAUAACUUUAGUGGGAUGAGUAUAUCAUGUAUAUGUAAUUUUACAAACUUGCGAGUCCACAAUUUAUUUCGUAAUAAUGCUUUUUGUGGUUGUAAUUGAGAAAAUAUAAAUGCAUCUAAUAUCAGUUAUUAUUCAUAUUUGGAAUGUUAUAACACAGUGGCCUGUUGGUGUAUGCAUGUUUGUCAAUUUUUAAAAAUAAAUUUAUGAUUAUACUAGUAUAAUUUAAAAGAAAAUAAAAAGAAAUAAUUCGAUAAGGA